GUGAAUUAGUACUACGAUUGUAUGUUAGUGGAAAAGGAGGUACUGACAAAAGUUAUUUAAUUAAAACAAUUAAAUGUUGGUUAAAACAAAUUCUCAAGAAGGAUACUGCCGUAGCAGCACCUACUGGUAUAGCAGCAUUUAAUAUAGACGGUUUGACAGUUCACAGAUUAUUGCAAUUACCCGUUGAGCAUGGCCAUUCUCCUAAGUAUAAGCAAUUAGCUAAUCAUGUUUUGAAAGUUUUACGAGCAGAUCUUAAAGAUGUUAGUCUUAUUAUAAUUGACGAAGUGUCAAUGAUAUCUAAUUUAAUUUUUAUGUAUAUACACUUACGACUGUCUGAAAUAUACGAUACUAUUGAUUGUGAUGAUGGUUGGUUCGGUCAAAAGCACAUUCUUUUAUUUGGAGAUCUGCUUCAGUUACCUCCUUUACAUGAAGAUUCUGCCUUUAUACAAUUAACAGCUGAGAACAUUCGUAAAUAUCUUGGUUCUUUAAGUGCUACUAAUCUAUGGACUUUGUUUGACUAUGAUGAACUGACAAUCAAUAUGCGCCAGCAAGAAGACGGAUCUUAUCAGAAUGGUAAGUUAGUAAAGAUACCACACAAAUUUAGUUUACGUGCUGUUCCGACAACGAAAAUAUUAAUAGCUGGACAGACAUACAAAGUUAUGAAUGCUAUAUUUCAUUAUGGUUCAUGUGUCGAAGAAGGUCAUUAUACAAGUAUGUGUCGAGAAGGAAUAUCUUGGAUUGAAAUUGAUGAUGUGUAA